GGCAACUUCUAUAGCUGUGUGUCUACUGAGGUGUCUGGGAAUAGACAAAAGGGAAGUGACAACUAGUACAGACACUUUCACUCGCACAUCUGUUGUCCUCUGCAUCAAAAUCAGUUUUCUCAUGACCAUUUGAUCUUACUUGUUCUCCCUUCAAGUAAGAACAGAACUGCAAUGUGAGAACUUGUAUCUACAUCAACAUUCAUCUGAACAGCGGUGUCUCAUAUGAUGAGGACGGAGUGUGUCUUCUUCAAGGUGUGGUUGCUGCUACUGGCCCCAUGGGGCUCCUCUGCACUGGCAUCUGGCAGCUGGUACCCCAAAACCCUGCCCUGCGACGUCUCCCGUCACAGCAGCGGCAACAUGGUCAGUGUGGACUGCACCGAGAGGGGACUGCUGGAGGUACCAGUGAACAUCCCGCCAGAGGCCACCAACCUGACCCUCACCAUCAACCACAUCCCCUCUAUCAACUCCACGUCCUUCCAGGGCCUGGGGAACCUCACGGAGAUCGACAUGCGCUGCAACUGUAUUCCCAUCAAGAUCGGCCCCAAGGACCACAUGUGCACAGAGAGUGUGACCGUCGCGAAGGACACCUUCAAAGACCUGCCAAACCUAAAGGCUUUGUAUCUGGAUGGAAACCAGCUCUCCAGCAUCCCUGAUGGUCUCCCUUCAAACCUAGUACUGCUCAGUCUAGAAGUGAAUCAUAUAUAUGCCAUUCUGAAAAAAAACCUCUCUGACAUCCUAAAUGUAGAGAGACUUUACUUGGGCCAGAACUGUUACUAUCGUAAUCCAUGUAACGCUUCCUAUGAAAUUGAGGAGGGAGCAUUUCUACAGCUCGCCAACAUGACUCUCCUGUCCCUCAAGUCAAAUAACCUAUCUUUCAUCCCCCCAAAACUACCGAAAGGUCUAAGAGAGUUGUAUCUAUAUAAUAACAAGAUCGAAAAAGUUACAGAAAAAGAUUUUCAUAAUUUAACCCAACUGGAAAUUCUUGACCUAAGUGGCAACUGCCCACGCUGUUACAAUGCGCCAUUUCCUUGCGUUCCAUGCCCUCGUGAUUCACCGCUUCAGAUUAAUAAAAGUGCCUUCAAAACAUUGGCUAAACUAAGGAUAUUACGCUUACAUAGUAACUCGCUCACAUUUGUGCAUACAGAGUGGUUUCAGAACUGCACAAAGCUGCAGGUACUUGAUCUCUCAACCAACUUUUUAGCUAGAGCGAUAACGAUUGCUUACUUUCCACAAGUUCUACCCAACCUGGAAGAAUUGGACUUGUCUUUUAACUAUGAGCUGCAGAGGUACCCAGCUACACUGCACCUGAGUCAGUCGUUCUCCUACCUAAAAUCCCUGAAAGUACUCCGCAUCCGGGGUUUUGUCUUUCAGCAACUGAUCUUCAAAGACAUCUCGCCCCUGAUUCCUCUAAAAAACCUGCAGGUCAUUGACCUAGGAACGAACUUCAUCAAAAUUACAAACCUCAGCAUUCUGAUGGAACUGAAAAGCUUCAAAAUAAUAAAUUUAUCUGACAACAAAAUAUCAUCCCCCUCCGAAAAUGGCCAAUAUGUUACCUUUUCUGGAGGGGAGACCCAAUAUGGCUCCCCAAUGUCUGCCGCCGAGCAUAGCAACACUGGAGAAGUGAGAGAGAUUCAUUAUUUUAGAUAUGACGAGUAUGCUCGCAGCUGCAAACAUAAAGACAAAGAGGUUGGAACGCUGAAUUCAAUUGUCAACAGUCAGUGCAGCCAGUUUGGAAAAACACUUGAUAUCAGCAGGAAUAAUAUAUUUUUUCUUCAUUCCAGAUUCUUGAACCUUGCUGAUCUUAGGUGCUUGAAUCUAUCUGGAAAUGCCAUGAGCCAAAGUCUAAAUGGCUCCGAAUUCACUUACCUACCUAAUUUACAGUAUCUUGACUUCUCAUACAAUCGUUUGGACCUUCUUUAUUCCUCAGCAUUUCAGGAAUUGAGAAGUUUAGUUAUCUUAGACAUAAGCAACAACAAUCAUUACUUUGAAUCUGAGGGUUUGACCCACAUGCUUAAUUUCACCAACAAUUUGACAAAACUGAAGAUAUUACUUAUGAAUUAUAAUAAGAUUUCCACUUCUACAAACACUGAGUUGGAAAGCCUGUCUCUGGAGAAAUUAGAGUUCAAAGGCAACCGGUUAGAUAUGCUAUGGAGAGAUGGUGAUACAAGAUACAUCAACUACUUCAAAAAACUGGUUAAUCUGAGGGUUCUUGACAUCUCUGACAACAACCUAAAUUUCAUACCUGAGCAAGUCUACCAAAACCUGCCAGAGAAACUCACUAAUCUCUCUAUUAACAAUAACAGACUGAAGGUAUUUAGCUGGGAGAAGCUGAUAUUUCUACAGUCUUUAGAGGUCUUAGAUCUCAGUAGAAAUAGGCUAUCAACAGUUCCUGGAGAACUCUCUAACUGCUCAAAAUCACUCAAGACUCUCCUCUUGCACAAUAACAUAAUAUCCCAGCUCUCCCCAUAUUUCCUCAAGGACUCAUUUACCUUGAAGUAUCUGGAUCUUAGCUUCAAUGGCAUUCAAAACAUUGAGCUGACCAGCAUCCCUGAUGAUGUUGUCAAUAACAUGGACACGUUAGUCCUGAACAACAACAAGUUCAUGUGUAACUGUAACGUCCUAACACUAGUGAUGUGGUUGAACCGCACUGCGGUGAACAUCCCCAGGCUGGCCACUGAUGUGACCUGCGCUGCCCCAGGAGCCCAGAUGGGUCAUCCGCUCAUAUCCCUGGACCAGGAACUGCAGGCCUGUCAGCACAGCUACCUGUCAAUCAUCCUGUACAUCCUCUUGACAUCCUUGGUGCUCAGCUUCGUCACCCUAUCCAUCUCCAGCCACCUCUUUCUCUGGGACGUGUGGUACCUCUACCACUUCCUCCGGGCCAAGUUCAAAGGCUACAGACGCCUGUCCUCGCCAAGCGCCAUCUACGAUGCUUUCGUGGUAUAUGACAAGAAGGAUCCGGAGGUCUCCGAGUGGGUGAUGAAGGAGCUGCUUGUUCAGCUGGAGUGCUGCGGGGACCAUCCCUUACAGCUGUGUCUGGAAGAACGAGACUGGAUGCCUGGCUGUCCCCUAAUCGACAACCUCUCCCAGAGCAUCCACCAGAGCAAGAGGACCGUGUUCAUACUGACCAACAGGUACAUCAGAAGUGGGGAAUUCAAGACUGCGUUCUACAUGGCCCAUCAAAGGCUUAUGGAUGAGAGAGAUGAUGUGAUUGUCUUGAUUUUCCUGGAAAAAUCCCCAAGCCACUCAAAGUACCUGAGACUCAGGAAGAGGCUGUAUAAGCGGUCAGUGAUGGAGUGGCCAACAAACCCACAAGCACAGCAAUACUUCUGGUUUAGCUUGAGGACCGUACUGGCAACAGACAGUCAGAAACAAUACAGUAACCUCUUCAAAGAGACUCUUUAAAAAGCGCAAACAUACAAUGUUGACGCACCAUUUAGAAUAUGUGAUGUGUAGAGAUUGUGAAAUAUUUCAAUUGAAGGACCAUUCUGAUGUACAAAUUAAAUGUAAAUACACAUGUAAAUUACAAUAUAUGUACAUAUAAUAUAGACUGGGUAUGAUGUUUAUGUUGCUUAUUUCAAUUAGCAUUUUUUUAGAACGGCACUUUAGUUAGCACUUCACUGUUAGUUUAGACCUGUUAUUAAGGAAUCCUGCACUGUUCUGACCAUACACACCUCUCUAGUGAAUGAACCGUUAUAGACUCCAGAACAAACAAAACAACGAAUGAAUAACAUCAAAACAUUGUAAUGAAAACAUUUCAAGUUAGCCACAGGGGUAGCAGUGGGGUCUAGGUUAGGGUUAAGCUUGGUGCUAAGAAGAGAAAACUGCAUAGCAAAUGCAUGAGGAUAUGUAAAUGGUUAGGUUCACCAUUCCCAUCUCAGGUAAUCAUAUGAACUGAUGCAAUCAAAGAAAACCUUUGGCUUGUAAGGUGUCAUCCUGCACUUUCCUCCCUCUUCACAGUGUUGUACCAAGGGCCAGGUUAAGGGGCAUACGGGAGUUCAUCAGUAUUUUUAAAUCUAAAACGUCAUUUUCACUAUAACCAACAUUGUUGGUAACUUUUGGAUUGUAUGUAUUGUUUUAUUCCCUUGAUAAAUUAAACCCAAUAAAAUAUAACAAUACCAGC